AGAGCAGCGUCUCUCCCCCUCGGCAGCCAUGAGCUCGUACGGCUACGACCCGUUCUUCCCGUCCUACAAGCGGCGGUACGCGGAGAGCCCGCGCAUCCAUGUGUCGGUGCGCAGCAGCGGCGGCGGCGGCUUCGGCUCGGCGCGCUCCGCGUACUCCAGCCUGUCCGCGCCCGUGUCCUCCGUGUCCGUGCGGCGCAGCUACGCGACCUCCAGCGCCUCGGGCUCCCUCCUGCACUCGGUGGACAGCCUGGACCUGAGCCAGGUGGCCGCCAUCAGCAACGACCUCAAGUCCAUCCGCAGCCAGGAGCGGGCGCAGCUGCAGGACCUCAACGACCGCUUCGCCUGCUUCAUCGAGCGCGUCCACGAGCUGGAGCAGCAGAACAAGGUGCUGGAGGCCGAGCUGCUGGUGCUGCGGCAGAAGCACGCCGAGCCCUCCCGCUUCCGCGCCCUCUACGAGCAGGAGAUCCGCGAGCUGCGCUUGGCCGCCGAGGAGGCGACGAGCGAGAAGCAGGCGCUGCAGGGCGAGCGGGAGAGCCUGGAGGAGACGCUGCGGGGGCUGCAGGCGCGCUACGAGGAGGAGGUGCUGAGCAGGGAGGACGCCGAGGCGCGGCUGCUCGAGGUGCGCAAGGGCGCGGACGAGGCGGCGCUGGCGCGGGCGGAGCUGGAGAAGCGGGUGGACAGCCUGCUGGACGAGCUGGCCUUCCUCAAGAAGGUGCACGAGGAGGAGCUGGCGGAGCUGCAGGCGCAGAUCCAGUACGCGCAUCUCUCCGUGGAGAUGGACGUGUCGGCCAAGCCCGACCUGUCCGCGGCCCUGCGCGACAUCAGGGCGCAGUACGAGAAGCUGGCGGCGCGCAACAUGCAGAACGCCGAGGAGUGGUUCCGCAGCCGCUUCACCGUGCUCAGCGAGAGCGCCGCCAAAAACACCGACGCCGUCCGGGCCGCCAAGGACGAGGUGUCCGAGAGCCGCCGCCUCCUCAAAGCCAAGACGCUGGAGAUCGAGGCCACCCGCGGCAUGAACGAGGCGCUGGAGAAGCAGCUGCAGGAGCUGGAGGAGAAGCAGAGCGCGGAUAUCUCCGCCCUGCAGGACACGAUCAACAAAUUAGAGAACGAGCUGAGAACCACGAAGAGUGAAAUGGCUCGGUACCUGAAGGAGUAUCAGGAUCUGCUCAACGUGAAAAUGGCCCUGGACAUCGAAAUUGCAGCUUACAGGAAACUUCUGGAAGGGGAAGAGACCAGGCUCAGCUUCACCAGCGUGGGCAGCAUCACCAGUGGCUACACCCAGAGUGCCCCCAGCUUUGGCAGAUCUGCCUACACGGGGCUCCAGUCCAGCUCCUACCUGAUGACAACCCGCUCCUUCCCCACCUACUACUCCAGCCACGUGCAGGAGGAGCAGAUCGAGAUCGAGGAGACCAUCGAGGCUGCCAAGGCAGGAGAGGCCAAGGCAGCUCCUGCAGAAGAGGGGGAGGAGGAAGAGAAGGAGGAAGGUGAGGAAGAAGCAGGAGAAGAGGCCGAAGAAGAGGAGGAAGGUACUUCCAGCUCCUUUCAAGUGCAAAGGAAGAAUCUGAAGAAGCCAAAGAGGGUGAGGAGGAGGAAGGAGAAGGGGAAGAAACAGCAGCUGAAGAAGGGGAGGAGUCUCAGGAAACUGCUGAGGAGGAGAAGGAAGAGAAAGAAGAGAAAGAAGCAGCAGGAAAGGAGGAGAGUGAGGUGAAGAAGAAGGCUUGAUGUUUUUUUAUUUUUUAAAGGCAGCUUUGCUUUCCAUCAGGCCAAGAGAAUAAACGAUUGACUGAGCUAAAAUUGCAGUCCCACAUAUUUAUUUCAGUGACCACUGGGGUUUAAAGUUCCUGAUUCUGGUGUUUCUCUCUCUGUGCAGAGUCUGAGUUUUUUUGCUUGCAGAGCCCCCACUGGCUUGUUCCCCGAGUGCUGCAUGGUCUCCACGGGUUCUGUCUUUUCCUGGGGUGAUCCAGAACUUUAACAUUUCAAAAUAUGAGGGGGGGAGGAGGGAAGUAAAAAAAAAAAAAAAGAAGAAAAAAAAAAAAAGUCCUGGGAAUGAAAGUUACCUUUAACUUGCAUUUAAAAACAAUUGUGGAAACCUUUUGUGGGUGAAAUAAUGGAGGCUUCAAUAAGUGCAAUAAAGCUAAGUCAAUAAAGAGAUGCUUACAUGGA